AUGUUGUUCCAGACCGUCUCACAUGCCAUUGCGCUGUACCGCCUCGAGCAGUCCACCAAGCAGUGCAAAGAGAUAUACAGCGGGAAGCCCAAGCCCGAGAAGGUCACCCUCCUGUGGCACCUCGUCACGCUUUCCCGGUUCAACAAGUACAACCCGCUGUUCACGACGUUCGCCGGAGUCUGGUCCGUCCUGCUGGCUGGAGCUUCCGAGCUUGCCAACCCGAACACGACCAUCCAGCCGUCCUUCAUCUUCCGCCAGGCCGCGCUAUGCUUCCUCGCCGCCUACCUCUUCUGCGGCGCCGGCAUGGUCUGGAACGACUGGGUUGACCGGGACAUCGACGCAAAGGUCACCCGGACCAAGGACCGGCCCUUGGCCGCCGGCACCGUCACCACCGUGGACGCCAUGUUGUGGAUGGUCCUCCAGAUGCUCAUGUCCCUGGCGGUUGUCCACAACAUGCUCGACGGGAAGGAUGUCUUCCGGCACAUGUUCCCCGUCGUCGUCGCCUCGGCCCUCUACCCGUACGGCAAGCGGCCCAUGGCGCUGAAGCUGCGCAUCUACCCGCAGUACAUCCUGGGCUUCACCAUCGCGUGGCCGGCGGUCCUCGGGCGGUCCGCCAUCCACGGGCGGUACGAGUCCAUCGGCGACAGCAUCGGCUACUGCCUGCCGCUCUGCUGCAUGGUCUUCUUCUGGAUCCUCUACCUCAACACGGCCUACAGCUACCAGGACGUCGUCGACGACCAGAAGAUCAACGUCAACUCCUUCUACACCGUCGGCGGCCGCCACUUCCACCGCUUCCUCGUCGUCCUCGUCAGCCCCGUGCUCAUGUGCAUGCCCCUGUACAUCCUCCGCUUCGGCUCGCCGUGGCUCUGGCUCAGCUGGCUCGGCGUGUGGACGGCCUCCUUCGCCGCCCAGCUGGCGCACUUUGACCCCGAGCGGCCGGCGAGCGGCGGAGGCGUCCACAAGAGCAACUUCGUCCUGGGCGUGUGGACGAUUGCGGCUUGCGCCGUGCAGGUGUUUCUUAGCGACAGGAGAGGGCUGUGA